CGAGAACAGAGGUGGUGUGAGAGAGGAAGGGAUCCGAGGGAAGAGAGAAAGACAUGACAAAAAUAUCAAAAGGCAGAAAGCACGCUGUACCAUGCGAGCCAAACUGGCGACCGACGGGAUAGAGGAUGUCGGAUUAAUGGUGAAGACCGCAGAGGAAGCUUCUCUAUCGCAACUUGGGCGCUCAGGGUCCGCGGGGAAACAUGGCCGAAGGAGGGCCGGGUAAAGGUGGCGGCGGAGAGGAUCCCGCCAAGUCCAGCGAGCAGCAGGAGAGGAUCCGAACCCAGAUCCUGUCCGGAUCAGGCUUCUGCAAGUGGUUCAACGUCCGGAUGGGCUUUGGAUUUAUAUCAAUGACAAACAGCGAAGGGAACCCCGUAGACCCUCCUCUGGAUGUUUUCGUCCACCAAAGCAAACUGGUGAUGGAGGGCUUUCGCAGCUUAAAGGAGGGUGAGCAGGUGGAGUUCACGUAUAAGAAGUCUUCUAAGGGCCUGGAGUCUGUGCGGGUGACUGGACCUGGUGGAGGGCCGUGUGCGGGCAGUGAGAGGAGACCUAAAGGGAAGGUCCCACUCCAGAAACGUAAACCAAAGGGAGAUCGCUGUUAUAACUGUGGAGGUCUGGAUCACCAUGCCAAGGAGUGUGGCCUGCCCCCACAGCCAAAGAAAUGCCACUACUGCCAGAGCAUCACACACAUGGUUGCUCAGUGUCCUCACAAGGCGCUUGCACCCGCCGUAGGCUCUCAGGACCCACAAGCGUCUACCUCGGCCUCCGCAUCAGGCACCGGGCCCCACCUCGGCCUCCCUGAGGAGGAAGAGCGCUCAAGCUCGUCUCCCCUGGAGGGAUCCUCCUCAUCUCCCGAGGAGCCCCAAACACACCGCAGCUCAUGGACCCAAAGGUGGAGGAAAUCCUGAAAACAUCCUAUAGCGGUGAACUGAUUCCAGCGCAUAGCCUCUGACCUUCGAGUCUAUCCUCAAUCAAGGUUACCUGAAGCCCCCCUCCCUCCCCCUCCCUCCUCGUCUACCUCACAAUUGUGAAUAAAUGGGAGGUUUUUAUUUCUUUAUUUUCAUUAUGUAUUAUUUUUCUAACCAGCACAGCUGUGGCAACGAUCAGCGGGGUACGGACGUGCAUGAAUGUGUGUGACUGACUUGCAGUCAUCUGGUGCAGCUAUGGAAACGACUGCUGGAAAGGUGACUGCAGGGAAUAAUUCUUUAUGUUUCAGAGGUUGCAGCUCAUUGGUGAAAUGUGAUUUGUUUGUAGGUUUCGAUGACUGUUUUAUUUCUGUUACCCCUUGGACCUGAAAGGGGGCUAUUUUAGAAGCCCUCCCCCAACCAACACACACACAUCUAUGUUGCUGACUUAAAGCCACAAUUUUAUACCGUAAGCGCAAUCAUUUGAAGAGAGAAAAAUUCCUGAUUGCAUCUUCGCAGCACACAUGGUAGCUCAUUUGAAAAAGGAUUAGAGGCCAACUCUUAAGAGCUUGCAUCCCUCUAAGUAAUAAUCCAGACCCAAUCGGACUUUUAGCUUGGCUUCUAAGGACCUUUUGGAGAAACUUAAUGCAUUCCUGAGGGGCUGUUUAAAAAGCCACCAAGCUGCUAUGUGUACAUUCUCUCUAAUUUCACAACCCUCCAUACAUAUCUCUUGACACAGACCGGACCAACUGAUUGUUGAAGUGUGAACAAGUGCAAGACUAAGACAGAAGAGGAAAGUGUGUGUGGUAUGGAUACUCUGAAAGAAAUCAGAAUUGUCAAACCGGAGCACUGUCUUCUUCAAGAUAGAGUCACGGCUGUUAACUCUACAAGUUUCAUAUUAUCACAGAUAGAAACGUCAUAUAAGAAAAAUAUAUAAUCAGUCUAGAUCAUAGUUUAGAUGUUAAGUAAAGGCCUUAUCAUUAGACUCCCAUUUUGGUUGUUACGUAAUUAGUUCAAAGUAGUUUUUAAUAUAUAUGUAAAGUUACAAGAUAUAAUUAAAGUUAUAUUAACAUUAUGUAAGCAUAUAUAAGGAAUUAGCUCUGAAAUAGGUGCAUAGCCCUGUUUAAGUGCAUGGGAUACAUAAUUGUGUGUGAAAAUUCUCCCUCUAUUUAAUCAUUUUUCUCAUAGACUAUUCCAUUUUUCCCAAACUAUACUCCACUUUUUCUUAUAUUGAUCAGUUCAUACAGUUCCUUGUUAAACUAAUCAUACCCUUUCCUUUUCCCCCCACAUUUUAUGAUGAAACAACCACAAAUGUCAACACUUUUAUUGGGGAUUUUAUGUGAUAGAUCAACACAAAGUAUUGAUUUUUGGGAUUUUUUAUUGAUUUUAAUAUUACUGGUACUGUUGUUAAAACUCCGGAUGUCAGUACUAUUCAUGGCCAGUUGCAGGGACACUUACUCCAGUCCAACAGAAACUGUAGAUUUUAUUUAAGCAUAUUGUUAAAACAUGCAAAGAAUGUGUGGGAAAUUUUUUAUGAAAGAAUAAGAUGGAGAAAAAUGGAUUCAGGGUUGCAAAUCGAUUGAUCUGUCGAUUAUUUUUUGAUUAAUCAACUAAUAGUUGGGUAGUCAAAGAUUCCUUAAAGAACACUUUUUAUGAAAUUAAACCAGGUGAAACUCAAACACUUUUCCACUUGUUAGUUCUGGAUAGAGCAUAUUGACAUAUAUAUAUAUUUUUUAAUCUUAAAUGUAAAAUGCUUAUAUAUUUUUUACAUUCUUUGUAUAUUUACUGCCCUAAGUGGGUUUUUCUGAACAGCUAAGGCAGGUUUUAGUGUCUCUAUUCUCUAGUUAACGAUUAUUCGAUUACUAAAUUAGCUGACAAUUAUUUCAAUAAUGGGUAUAUCAGAAUUAAUCCAAUUAAUUGUUCCAGUCCUAAAUGGAUUUACAGAAAUCAAUAUUGUUAUUCAGUAUUUGUUUCCUAAGAGGUGCAGGCCUUGCUGUGUGUGUCUGCACUGGUUUUGCACAUCAAGAGAUUGCAUUUUCGUCUUACAUUCUUCUUUAAAAAAUGUCCCAAACAGACUAAUUGAGUGUGUUUAAGAUUUACCUAAGGCUCAUUCCAUCAUUCAUUGACUCUAAACCACCUUAUAUAGAGUGUAAAUAAUAGAAAAUGUAUUAAAAUUGUAGACUCAGUUUGCAUUUGAUUUUUCAAUAGGGGCCUGAGGUUGAGGGGUCUGUGUAUUGAUACACAGCAUACUUUUUUAAGAUUCUUGACUGGAACAAAAAAAAAAAUUAAAAACUACAUAUCCUUUUACUUGUGAUUCUAUCACAUAUAAUCCCACAAAAAUACUUGAAGUUGUGGUUGUAAUGUAAAAAAUAUCUAAUUUUGCAAGGUACUGUAUGCUCACAGCACAAAACUCACCUUGAAGGUGCAGUUUCCAACAUAACCUCAUUAUCAUAGCUGCUUUACUCACAUGAUACCUCACAACUUCUUCCUCUGGGAAGUGAAUGUCGAUAAUGUCUGCUUUUCUCAGUGUUGUUUUAUGUUUCUUAGUAUAAUCAAACCAUAUUUUCUCAUCCGUCAGUGCCUAGCAUUUGUCAUUCAGCACCAGCUAGGUAAUGGGAUGACAUCUCUGCUGCUACUGCUCCAGAAUCGAAACAAUAGAGGGAGAACUAGCUGGAUGGAUUAUGUUGCUUUUGGUAUAACUUGAAUCCCAAGCAUGGCUUUAGUGGCACUUACUGACACUAACAACUCUUCUCUGACCAUACUGAAUGUGAAUAGAGCUCAUCUGAAGUCGACUUCUCACAAUGUUCAUGUAAGGUCGCUUUGGAGUUGUUUCUUAAUAUUCUGACAAAUCAAAUAACUUUUUACAAUUAUAUCAAACUGGCAUGUGAGCUUUUUUAAAGCCAUGUUAAUACAAACAACCUUUUUGGUAUAUUUCUAUACCAAAGAGGUUUGGCUUUUUUAAUUUUAAAUCUUUUGAAGGCAUUUAAAGUUAAGACUUGCUGAAGUGCUUGCUAUUCCUCUUACUCUUUCAGAAUCAGAGCAUCUUAUAGCCGAAAGUGCAACACAGUGUUUUUUUUUAUUUAUAUAU